AUGGUGUCCUUUUGGCCCUGGAAGGGCGAUGAUAACUCAGCGGCUUCUUUCGAGAAGACCCUGUCCACGCUGUCGACAAAGAUCGCCCAGGCGACCACGCGACUGGACCAACAACGGCAAUCCUCACGGCGGUUUAAGGCCUUGUGGACCCUUUACUCGACAUUUGCCUACCUCUUCUACUCUAUUAUUCUCGCACUGAUUUUGGGAUGGGAAAGCUGGGGAGUCAAGGAAUAUGCAGCCAUCGGGGGUGGGCCAGUUCUUAUCUACGCCGUUCGGACGACCAGCUCCAGGGUCUUCAACUACCGCAUCAACCGCCUCCAACGCCACCUUGACGACCUCCACAAGCAGCGCGAGGAGACGAUCGAGAAGCUCAAGGUUGCCACCAAGUACAACUCAACCCAGCAACUAUUAGAGAAGUAUGGCGGCGAGUCUCCCAAGCCAUCACCGAUGAAGGCAGCUGGCGAGAAAAAGAAGUCUCCCCAGCAGCAGCAGCAACACGUCGCCCGCACUGGUCUCCCACCACCACCAACCGCCAACAUCCGCCGUUCCCCUUCCUCCCCCCAAACCCCGACCAACGCACCCUCACCUCAACCGCCCUCCCCUCCACAAGAGCUAGCCGACGGCAAGUUGCAACCUCAGCAACAGCAAUUCGCACCUCCCCCUUACCCCCAACAACAACCGAACCAACAAGCCGAAUUCGCACCAAACGCCUACUCUACCAACAACAGCCAAGGCAUCGAAUCACCACACUGGUACGACCGCCUCCUAGACGUCCUCCUUGGAGAAGAUGAAACCCAACCUCGCAACCGAAUGGUGAUGAUCUGCACCAGCUGCCGACUCGUAAACGGCCAAGCACCCCCGGGAAUCAAGACACCGGAAGAGCUGGGCCGCUGGCGUUGUGGAAGCUGCGGAGCUCGGAAUGGAAGCGAGAGCGAGACGAGCCAGAUGCUCACCAGCUUGCGUCAGGAGAAUGCCCCGGCUGAGGGGGCUUGGGAGCCUGUUUCUAAGGCUGAUGCUGAUACUCAGUCGUCGGAGGGUAUGGAUGAGGCUGUUAUAGUUCCUUCCAGUGAAGAUGAGCAGCUUGGAUCUGCUGGAUCGGAGGCUGAGGGUCGUGAAGCGGUGGAGGAAUCGGCUGAGCCUGUGCGACGUUCCAAGCGUGGUGGGAAGGGCAGUAAGGGCAAGUAG